AUGAAAUCGUACGAGCUGGCUUCGGGUGGCAGCAUGAACGAUCGUGAGGCGAUGGGUGACGGCACUGAAGAGGCUUUUGACGGAGAGGAGGGUGACGUUGGCGAGAAAGAGGUUCGCAAGAGGGAGGUUGACGAAGAGGCAAGGGAUGUUGACGGUGACAUGGGUGAACGCGGCGAGAAGAGGGUCGACGGUGACGCUUGCGGGAAGAGAUUUGACGGAGACGCAGAGGAUGUCGACGGUGAGGCAAGAGACGUCAAGGGUGAGGCGAGAGAUGUCGACGGUGACGCUCGCAACAAGGACAGGGACGGUGACACGGGCAACGCGGGCGAGAAGGAAGUGGAUCGUGACGCUUGA